AGGGGUUCCCUGACCAUGGACCCCCUAUACAGCCUCCAGGAUCUUGUACGCUGCAUCCUCUGUGAAACGUGUGAAACAACAAUGUACUGUAAAAUUUGUCAUAUACAUCUGUGUAAAGACUGUGUAGAGAAACACUUAUCUGAUUCCUCUAAGGUUCAUAAAGUGGUGCCACUUAAACAAUAUAUAGCCACUUUCAGCAAUCCUAAAUGUAGAAAACACCCCAAAAAACAAUGUGAACUCCACUGUGAACAAUGUGACAUUUCUAUUUGUGCAAAGUGUAUAUCAUCUGGAAAACAUUCAGGACAUAACCAAAUAGACAUUUUCCAAAGGUUUGAAAACAAAACAGAAAUUUUACAAAAAGAUUUGCAAGAAUUACAAAAAUCCAUUUAUCCUAAUUACAAAGAGAUUGCAUCCAACAUCACAGUGCAGAAAGCUGAUCUGAGUAAAAAUUCACGGAAAUUGACAACAGCAAUUGACAAACAAGGAGUAGUCUGGCACAAAGAAAUAGACACCAUUAUCACAAACCUGAAAUCUAACGUGGAGGAAAUGGAAUCCAAACACCUGGUCGUCCUGAAUAAACAGGAAGAUGAAAUCACACACACCAUUUCUGAAAUCACACAGACCAUUGCUGAACUGAAGAAGUUACUGAACUCCAAAGAUGUCUGCCUUGUCUCUGAGUACAAAUCCAGGAACGCUGAAUUCAGAAGAUUGCCUCCUAAACUCAAAGUGUCCUUACCAAAGUUUAGGCCUCAGGAAAUCCACACAGAUCAGCUGAUUGAACAGUUUGGUUCUCUGUCAGCAUUAUCUUUUACAACCGAGGAACAAGACUACAGCAUGCCGCCCCAGGGAGCCGAGUCCUCUCCCCCAGACCGGUCACUGAUGGAUGUACCCCGGGUCAUCACAGCUAUAGACACAGGGUAUGAAUAUCUAUUCAGUGUGACGUGUCAGAAUGAUACAGAGAUCUGGACGCGUGGUAGGGACAGCAUGAUGAACCUCUACAACCUCCAAGGGGAACGAGUGAAGUCCAUCCAAACCAAGUCAGGGAACAUUAUAAUAGACAUAGCAGUGAAAAGGAGUGGGGAUCUAGUUUAUACUGAUUACCAUGAUAGAACUGUGAACUUAGUGGAGAAUGCACAGAUACAGACAGUGAUCAGACUACGGGGGUGGAUACCUUACAGUGUCUGUAGUACCUCCUCUGGUGACCUCCUGGUUGUCAUGGACAGUGAUGAUAGAAAACAAACAAAAGUUGUGCGUUACUCUGGCUCCACAAAGAAACAAAGUAUUCAGUACGACGACAAAGGACAACCUCUCUAUUCAUCUGGUGGAUUAUUUAACACUAAAUACAUCAGUGAGAACAGGAACCUAGAUAUCUGUGUGUCAGACAAUGGAGCCCAUGCAGUAGUGGUGGUCAAUCAGGCCGGGAAACUCCGGUUUACCUACACUGGUCCUCCCUCUACUACCAAGGGAUCAUUUAAUCCACGUGGCAUCACAACAGACAGCCAGGGUCGGAUCCUGACAGCAGACCAAUACAACCACCGUAUCCACAUCCUGGAUCAGGACGGACAGUUCCUCCGCUACAUUGACAACUGUCAUUUACAGACUCCAUUUGGUUUAUGUGUGGACACCAGAGACAACCUCUUUGUGGCUGAGGAAACAUGUGAAGUGAAGAAAAUCCAAUAUUACAUGUAAAUCAAUUAACUGUAUAAAUUAUCCGUAAACAAAGCGUAUAAGUAUAUAUUACAUACUGUGUGUAGAUAUAAUGUAAACAAACUAUACACAUUACAUGUCAUCAUACGGUGUGUAUCAGAUGUAAACACGCUGUGUGUGGAUAAUUUAAUGUAUCACACAUACACUGGCCGUGUCUACAAGAUGUAAACAUUCUGUCUAACUGUAUCUGUGUUAGGUUUUCAUGAGUUAAUCAUUCCAUUUCUUCAAUCUUUAUUUGUUUAUAUAUCAUAUGUUUGUUUGUAAACAAAUUGUUCUUUCAUAUUGCAUAUCAAAUCUCAAGGAAACAGA